AUGGAAAGAACCGACACUUUAGUUAACAAGACAAACUGUCUGAUUCUAUUUCUGCUGAUUUGUGUCAUUAUUGCUUUCAUUCCCCCAUAAAAUAAAAUAGAUAAUACUACUUUCGAAAUAUUUGAAGUUGAAGUGACUGAAUUAGAAGUUAAAUACUACUUAGAGAAUGACAUUGUCUUCAAUGACACUGAUUAAUUCGGUAUAGAGACCGUUCAAAAUUGGUUACCAAUCCAAUCUGAAUUAGCUCAACUAAAUUUAGCAUUGGAUUAUUUCCAACGUUUAAAAUUAGAUAAACUGAUUAAUUAACAUGAUGAAUAUUAGAUUUAAGUAGAUUAAUGUCUCUAGUUGUCAUUAAAUUAGGAUCUCAUAAUUUUCCUUAAUAAAUUUAAUUCAACCACUAAUAAUGAUUCUUUAAUAGUAGAUUACAUGAACAAUUUGUUGAGUACAAGAAAUUAAUUGCAUGAACUUUAUUUGGAGAAGAAAAAUUAAUUAGAAAAUUAUUAAAAUGAGGAAAGAACACUAAAAUCCUUGAUUAUAGAAUACGAAGUAAACGAUCAAGAAUAAAUCUUAUUAAAUAAGAAAAUAUCCAAUUUAAAUAAAUUGAAUUACAUGAUCGAUUAAUCUAAUAAAGAACUGAAAGAUUUAAAUGAUAAAAUAAUAUAUCAAAAAUCUCUUGAACAGGAUGAAGACUUAAGUGAAUAUUAUAAGAAGGAUCAAAAUCAAGCCAAAAAACUAAGAGAAUUAUUUAAACCAGCCUGUACAAAAUCAGUAGAAAUACAUAACGAAUAAUUAUAUGAUCUUGUAAAUGUGUUAGAUUAAAACAUUAAAUAAUACAAGAAUCCUACAGAAGUCUAUUUCAAUGGUUUGAACUUCUCUCCAGAAUUAAGAAGAAACACUUUAGAAGAACUUCAACUUCAACACUCCAGGAUUUCGAAUAAAUUAGAAUCGUAAUUGAAAUAUUAGGAUGAAUUAGACAGAGAAAUUCAUGGAAUUGAAAGGUAGAAGAAGGAGAAGGGGAAUUAAUACUCAAAUAUUAUGAAGAAAUUAGAAAUAGUAAGAAAUUCCUAGAAGGGAUUGGAAAAAGAUUAUUUGAGUGCUAAAUUAUAGAUUGAAGAUAUAACUAAAGAAAUCAAGAACAUUAUGCCAAUGAGUAAUAAUGAGAACAACUAAUUAGUGAAUAUUCAAAAUCAAUAUAAAUGUAAUAAUAAUGAUCUUAUAUUUAAUUAGAAUAUUUUUAUGAACAUCUUGAUUAGGAUCAAAAAUGCGUUGAGAAGUGUAUCUAAUACGACUCUUUAAACUAAUAAUUGUAUAUGGGCAGAUAUAGAUAAUCCUUGAAUUUGAUACAGAGACAUUUCUAUGAAUUGGAUAAACUGUUUAAAGAAUUUAAAAUAUGA